UGUGAUUAUUCUUCUAGCAUCUGGAACAGAAGGCGAGAUAAUUGUGAAGGAAGCCACAACUGAUGAACUCUUUGUGGCAUUCCUUGGCUACCAAAAUGUGGCAAAUUAUGAAAUCGUUAUCGAGACAAUGGUGAAUGUAGUAGAUACUGUCCAAAUUAAUUCAACAUUAUCUUCGUUUACUUAUCGCUUUGAUAAUCUGACUGCUGGAUCUACGUACACAAUCAAGUUGACAGGUAGAGGAUUCGAGAAUGAGGCAGAGAUAAGUACUGUUUCCUUACCACCAACUAACCUCUCAGUAGAGGGAACACCAAGCGGUGGGGUCACUUUAUCUUGGCUUGCUGCAUCUGGAGCUGAACGUUACGAAAUCUUCUACAGUUUCCAAGCUUUGGUAAUUAAUCGAAUACAAGCUCCCACAGUGUCUUCCCUGACAACCACAAUAUCCACUCUUUACCCUGGUGUAGAAUACACAUUUGAAGUUAUAGCGGUCAUAGGACAAGGAGAAAACAUUAGGAAAAGUGAAGCGGUUACAGUUAAAGCUACUACAGAAGUGCCCAGAGUGAUUGGUACAGCCUCCACAGAUACAACAAUAAAUGCCACAUGGUUUAUGAAUGAAAAUGCUCAGAAUUACAGCGUGUAUUAUUCACCUAGUGAUGGAGACCAGGCCAGUCCAUUUGUUACCGAGGCAAAUAGCACCACAUUGUCUGGAUUGACACCAGGGGAAAAAUACCAAGUGGGAGUAGCAGCAAACUUCGCUAAUGGAACAGUACAGAUCCUGUCUCUUAUACACAUCUAG